UGUAGAUAGAAUAAAUUUCUGAGUAAAUAAUAUCCAGAAGAAUCUCAGAACAAUGAUUCAUUAUUUGUUUGUGCAUUUACACAUAUUUAUGUCAGGGACGUUUAUGUUAUCUUGUUUCUGUUUAGCACUAACUGAGAUAGUGAUUAUUCAUAUUUUUCUGCAUAUUUCCUCAUAUGCUAAUCAUAAUAUGGCAUAAAUAAUCAAUUAGCUGUACUUUGAAAUACGGGCAUAGUAUCCGAUGCUAUUAGUUAACCGUCCAUUAUCUCACACACGAUUCAACAAAUUGAAUCCUAAUAUCAAACCUAAAUAAAUUGUAGCUUUAAAAAAAAUCACAAGAGAAAACUUAAAAAAUAUAUAAGCAAUGCAUAACAUCACGAAUUCACGAAAUUAAUUUGUUAAUUACUGGAACCUAAUGAUACUAACAUCACUCUACUCCGACAAGGCUACGAGUGCGUAUUAAUCAUAAAAUAAACGCGUCUAUUAGUAAUAACAAAACAAACGCCGGCCGGUCCAGUGCUCGACAUAAAAUUACAGUCACAGGACGUGUGCGGGAACAUAACGCAAUGAUCGCGGAUAGCGUAAUUGAACCUGAAUAAUAGCCGACGCAUUAUCUAGAAAUCGCACGACAAUAUUGCAACCAGUGUGCAGUGCAACAUCCUGCAUUUGAACCAAAUUAUCUAACAAACGAGCACAGCAUCACAUUAACAAUGCUCUUACAAUUUUUUAUACAAUUUAUUAUUUUUAAAUUCUGUGUUGGCCAAUUAAACGGUGAAUUUUGGUGGUUAAAUGACAAAUUAGCUAAAUUCCAAGAAGUGCGGCCUCCGCCUCCGAAGUUCGAACGAUUGACUGAAUUUGAUACGGACGAAAGUGCAAAAAUUGUUUUUAGAGAUGAUAAUUUGAUAAAUAAUGUUGAAGAAUUCGUUGACAAUAAAAAUAAUAAAAAUAUCGAGGACAAAACCAGUGCCGAAUUUGCUGAUAAUGUAGUCAAGUGGCCUGAACAAGAAAAGAAAAAAACUGAUGGCGCGAGUAUUUCAGAUCAACAAUCUGUGGAGGAACUUAACGAGUCGCCAGAUGAAAUAGGGGACAAAUUUGUUUUCAAAUUCCCCGAAAAUGAUAACUUUGUGUGGAAGUAUUUAAUUAACACUAGUACUAGUUCGCCGACGUCAAUGCAAAACAAAAAUAGUUCUAAAACUAACUCUACAAAAAGUCCUGUGUUAUACAAUGAUAAAAUAUCUUUUAAUAUUAAUUACAAAGAAAGUGAAUCGGAGAGUAUUUGCAGUUUUAUCAAAAAAGCGGAAUGUUAUCGUAAAAAUGGAACCGUUUAUAAUAACAAAAACCUGAAGAGAGCGUACUUCACUGAACACAACAUGGUGUGCUGUAUCCUGCCGUUACAUGACAAAAACAAAGAUGAGACAAAAAUCAUAUUCCCUGACACCCUGAAGAAAAUGAAACGACCUAAGAGAUCAAACCACGAAAGCACCAAUCAGAGGCAAAGGAAUAACCUGAAGCAGCGUAAAUACGGACAUAGCCACAAAUCAAAACCAACAACACUAACAAAGAUUGAAUCACCGGAUUACGAAUACGAUGAUCCUUACUGGAAUGUGAAAAAUACUAAACAUAGUAAUAAAAACAAACAAGAAUCGAUUAGUACGAGAUAUGAGUAUGAUUCGGGUGACGAAAGUGAUGAUUAUGUCUCUGAGUUGCCGAAGCCGGGACUAACUGGUCUGUAUUCCGAUAUCGGUCGGAGGCCAUCUGACUGGAAUUUUGGCUUCACCCAGACCCCUGGGUACGUAGGAAAUGAUGACUACGAAGAUAACAACAGUGGCACAUUCGGAUACUCUACUAUUGAUCCUAGAAUAGGUAAUACUAAAAAAACCAGACCACGCGGAAAACCGCAGAAAUUAUCAACGGCUUCAGACGAGUCCAGUAAUCCAGAAAGCCACACUAUAAGCUACCAUUCCAAACCGGAUUUCAAUGUGUUACAAGAUUUUAAACUGAACAACAUUAUGAAGACUAUGACAAAGCAGCCGCGACCACGAACGACCACAACUGAGAGCUUCACAGAGGAUGAUAGUAAAGAACCCUUGGUAAAUAAACCUUAUGAUGCAAGUUCUGAAUCAAGUGUUGACAACUUUGAAGCUCGACAAGUGUAUAGAGAUUGCUGGAAGGAAACUACACCGUUGUUUUUAAAAAGCAAAGGAAAACAAAUAAUCGAUACGACGAAUGGAUCGCAUCCCUGGCUUGCAAUGGUAGUGCCUACUCGUCGGUUCAAUAUUGUCCAGUGCUAUGCUACCCUUAUACACCCUAAGGCUGUGAUUACAGCUGCAGAUUGCGUCCACAGGAGUGCUCCCGGUGACAUCAGUGUGAUCGUUGGACUUUGGAACCUCAAUGAAAGGUCGCGGUUGAAGAGCCGAGUCAUUUCCUACAGCCUACAUCCCAAAUACAAAAAUGGAGAGCUGAGUAACAAUUUGGCUAUAUUGUACUGGAAGAAUCCUGUAAAACUGGGAGUGAACAUUCAGCCAGCUUGCCUCGAUAACCCUAAGAUGGGUGACGAGUGCUUGUUCGUUGGUUGGGGUGGAUUCGAUCAAGCAAUGCGUCCGCAAUCCCGGUGGCAACGGGCGUCGGUCCAUACGUGUAACGGACGCCUGUCGCUCAACGGAGCCAACUUACCGGCCGACGCGUUUUGCGCAUCUGUACAAGCUAGGAGCACAGUGACUGGUAUAGGCGGCUCUCUUUUGUGCGACAUGCACGAUCACUUAGUCGCGGUGGGCGUUGCCGUGUCGAGAGACAGCACACUGGUGAUACUGCCUGUACACGACUGGGUAAUGCAAGCGAUCAGCGUUAUAGACGACGCAUAAGGUACAGGUUAAACUUAGUUAUCGUUAUAAGAAAAGAAUAAUAUUACGCUGUAUUGUUUAUUGGCUACUCCAUGACAGUUAUCAUUUGUAACAUUAUGGAACAACCCCGAAGAAGCCUAGUGAAUGACAUAAGAAGUCAAAUAUUAGUUUCGAUGUUUUUUGCUAAAUUAGCUUUACGCUAAAUAGGUUUAAAAGCUCAAUCAACACGUUUAUAUCGAACAAUAAUUUAACGUAUUAUAAUGCAAGUCAUUGGUAUUUAUAAUUAAAUCGCCUAGUACGUUCAAAGCUUCAUGGGGUUAUCAGCAUUUCUAUAGACAAUAAAACUAAAAAACUGGACUUUUAAUAUAUUUAUUACAUUUAUUUUCAUAGUUUACAUAAUAUAUGAGUCCAGCCAUUUAACGAUAACUUAACAAUUUCACAAGACUGGUCAAAUAAGAUGACGCGGCACUAUAACGUCCAUAGGAACUAAAGUAAAAAAAAACA